GAGACAAGAAUGAUUCUAUUUUUCAAAUGGAUUGGAUUGUUAGUAGCUUGCAGCGCGAUUUAAUGCUAUUUGAAAACCAGUUACCAUUUUUUAUGCUCCGUAAGUUAUUUGACAUGAUCGAGGUUCCAAACCAACAUAACAGGCUCAUUUAUCUUGCCUUGUGUUUUUUUCGUGAUCUUUUACCUGGCCCCGGUUAUAGAGAACGGAUUGUUCCCAACGGAGAUGGCUCAAAUAAAAAAGGGAAUUGGCGUUUCAUUCCUAAUACCAUAGAGCUUCAAGAAGCUGGAGUCCAACUAGUGAAGAUUGAAGGAGCUAGUUUAUUUGAUAUCAAAUUCGAAUAUGGGGUAAUGAAGAUUCCACCUUUAACCAUUGAAGACAGGACUGAGUCAUUCUUCAGAAACCUCAUUGCGUACGAGCAAUAUUGUCCAGAUAAUCUACUCACUUAUAUUACCGAUUAUGUGGGAUUCAUGGAUUGCCUCAUCUACUCUCCAAAAGAUGUUGAAAUACUCUCUCGCCGUGGAAUCAUUGAUAAUUGGUUAGGCGACGAUGAAGUGGUUUCCACAAUAUUUAACAAGAUCAGUGACGCAGUAACAGGGCCUACCAGCUAUUUCCAGUAUGCUGAUAUUGUCAACCGGGUGAACAUACAUUGCGGCAAACGUAGGAAUCAGUGGAUGGCGAAGUUGAACCGGAACUAUUUAAAUAGCCCAUGGGCAUUUAUUUCGAUUCUGGCUGCUUUGGCACUACUACUACUCACUUUUACACAAACUGUGUUUACUGUUUUUCCUCGCAAAUAAUUAUUGUGUAUCUUUCUUUCUCAAAUCUGCUUUAGCUUUUUUGCUGUCUUCUGUCUUUAUUUUUUUCCCUCUUGUAUUACUUUUCUCUGUAAAAACAUGUAAAAGGAAAAAAAAUAAAAAUUAUGAAGGGUGAGGUGAAGAUGGAGAUGGUUACAAAUUCAUUUA